UCUCUCUCUCUCUCUCUCUCUCUCUCUCUCUCUCUCUCUCUCUCUCUCUCUCUCUCUCUCUCUCUCUGUGUUUUAAUAAAAAGGGCAAAUAGAUUUCUCCCCAAUACACAAAAUCGCCAGCUUUAUCAUCAUCCCCUCUUCUUCUCCAAUUACACACAUCCCAUGGCAAGAAUAUGAUAACAAAGAUCUCAUAAACUAGGCUUCUCCACAAGCUUCCUUACACGUUUCAUCAAUCAAUCAUCAUUCCCACCGACAAACAAUCUUGCAUCUGAUUAGCCAAUUGUAUCAGUAGCAGCAGAUCUCUCCAGAUUCAUUACAUAUCUAUCAUCAAUAAUGGCGAUUAAGACUGAUAACAAAACAAGAAGCUCUGUCCAGAUCUUCAUAGUCUUCAGCCUCUGUUGCUUCUUCUACAUCCUCGGAGCAUGGCAACGAAGCGGUUUCGGCAAAGGAGACAGCAUCGCUCUCCAAAUGACAAACAGUAACGCUGACUGCAACAUCGUCCCAAGCCUAAACUUCGAGACACACCACGCUGGUGAAUCAAGCAUCUCCUCCUCCUCCUCAUCAAAAGUCAAAGCCUUCGAGCCUUGCUCUGCUCGUUACACUGACUACACACCAUGCCACGAUCAGAAACGUGCGAUGACUUUCCCUAGAGACAGUAUGAUAUACCGUGAAAGGCAUUGCGUUCCUGAGAACGAGAAGCUACGUUGUCUUGUGCCGGCUCCUAAAGGAUAUGUUACGCCUUUCUCUUGGCCUAAGAGUAGAGACUAUGUGCCUUAUGCUAAUGCACCGUAUAAGGCGUUGACUGUUGAGAAGGCGAUUCAGAAUUGGAUUCAGUAUGAAGGUGAGGUGUUUAGGUUCCCUGGAGGUGGGACUCAGUUCCCUCAGGGAGCUGAUAAGUAUAUUGAUCAGCUUGCGGAGGUGAUACCUAUGGGGAAUGGGACUGUUAGGACUGCUUUGGAUACUGGUUGUGGGGUUGCGAGUUGGGGAGCGUACUUGUGGAGUAGGAAUGUGAGAGCAAUGUCUUUUGCACCGAGAGAUUCACAUGAGGCUCAGGUUCAGUUUGCUUUGGAGAGAGGUGUUCCAGCUGUUAUUGGUGUUUUUGGGACCAUAAAGUUGCCAUACCCUACACGGGCGUUUGACAUGGCUCACUGCUCAAGGUGUUUGAUUCCAUGGGGAGCUAAUGAUGGGAUGUACUUGAUGGAAGUUGACCGUGUACUUAGACCGGGUGGCUACUGGAUCCUCUCUGGUCCUCCAAUCAAUUACAAAGUCAGCUACAAGGCAUGGCAACGUCCCAAGGAGGAUCUUGAAGAGGAACAAAGAAAGAUUGAGGAAGCUGCUAAGCUUCUAUGUUGGGAGAAGAAGUAUGAACACGGAGAGAUCGCCAUUUGGCAGAAGAGAGUCAACGACGAGGCUUGCCGUUCAAGACAAGAUGAUCCUAGAGCCAACUUCUGCAAAACUGAUGAUACUGAUGACGUCUGGUACAAGAAAAUGGAGGCGUGUAUUACACCUUAUCCAGAGACAAGUAGCUCAGAUGAAGUAGCUGGAGGAGAACUUCAGGUUUUCCCUGAUAGGCUCAACGCGGUGCCGCCUAGGAUCUCUAGCGGUUCGGUCUCUGGUGUCACGGCUGAUGCUUAUGAAGAUGAUAAUAGGCAGUGGAAGAAACAUGUGAAGGCUUACAAGAGGAUUAACAGUUUACUUGAUACGGGAAGGUACCGUAACAUUAUGGAUAUGAACGCAGGGUUUGGUGGGUUUGCUGCUGCUCUUGAAUCACAAAAGCUUUGGGUUAUGAAUGUUGUUCCAACCAUUGCUGAGAAGAAUAGACUUGGAGUUGUGUAUGAACGUGGACUCAUUGGAAUCUACCAUGACUGGUGUGAGGCUUUCUCUACUUACCCAAGAACAUAUGACUUAAUCCAUGCCAACCACCUCUUCAGUCUUUACAAAAACAAGUGCAAUGCUGAGGACAUUCUUCUGGAGAUGGAUAGGAUUCUCCGUCCAGAAGGAGCAGUUAUAAUCCGGGACGAUGUUGACACACUGAUUAAGGUGAAGAGAAUCAUCUCUGGAAUGAGAUGGGACUCGAAGCUGGUUGAUCAUGAGGAUGGUCCUUUAGUUCCGGAGAAGGUUUUGAUUGCAGUGAAGCAGUAUUGGGUUACUAACUCCACUGCGUCUCACUGAAGUAUCUUUACUCCCCGGUUGUGAGUGACCUGACAUUUUGAUCAUUUGAUAGAGCUUUCGAGCUACACUUUGUCGUCUUUGUUACACUUUUCUAAGGAUCUCUAUUUAUUGAUGUAAUAGUUUAUAUUUGUUUCACAAUCCAAAAACUUGGAACUUUUGAGGUGUAUCAUUGAAUUCUCAACUUUAUAAUCACCGAGUAUGCUUCAAUUACAUCAAAAAUGUAUAAUGCUUGCUAGCUAGAACUAAUGCUUAGAAGCUGGUUUAGGAAACACCAUGAAUAAUAUUU